AUGGAUUUAGGCGGCCUUGUCCGCGCAGUGACGGCAGCAUUCCAGGAUGGCGGAAAGUUGGUCACCAAGAUUCGCGAUGAUCGCGCAAGCACCGAUAGGGCUCUGCCCGAGGAUCCUACGCGUGACCUGCUCGACUCGCUUCAGCUAGGUCCGCUGCUAGUGAAAGGUCAAUAUGACCGAGACUUCAAGAGAUUCGGCGAGCAGCUGGCAUGCGGCGACAACCUGGCGAGGGAGCAGAUGAAGGAUGUGCUCAUAAACCUGCAAAUGGCUCUUAUCAUAUCACUACGUGGCGUCUCGAUGGGCGGCGAUGAGAAUCUGGACUUUGACUCGCUUCAGCAAACUUCGGACGACUGUCGAACGAACGCUGCCGACGCCAUGAUGCCCGAGAGUGAGCUCGAGUUGCCUAACACCAAGUACGCUUCGAUUGGCUACUCGAGUAGCCGCAGUACUCGAAGCACGCGUUCACGAGAGUCCCGUACGCCGGUGGAGAGCAUGCACCAACAGUACCAAGGUCAAGACGACGGCGCAACUGUGCGCCCCAUUGUCAAAGAGCGUAAAAGAGCCAAUAGCUCCGCAUCUAAUUCGAAACGAGGCUAUCAGCCUAGGCGGCCUACAACGCCCUCAUCGCAAGCCUCACGGGGACAAGCUAUCACUACGCAGCACGCACCUACUGAGCGACGUCUUCGAGGAGUUUCUUCCCAAGAAGUGCUGACACCGCCAGACGAGGAGACCUUGAGAGUCAUUCGUAAUGGCUACGUCGACUCGCGACCCACUGGCAGAGCGAGCAAUGCCACAAGGGCAGAUUCUGGCUAUGGCACGGCUUCCUACGUCGGCGGCAGCCGAAAAGGCACGUCGACUGCGUAUUCCAUGGCGUCCUCCAGAUCUGCGGGCUCCUAUAAGACGGCCCACGACCCGAUGCCUAGGAUGCCCAUCAGAGCAGCAAAGUUCGGCGGAAUUUCGUCGCAGCCGGCUUCAUAUGCCAGUCGUGACUCUGUUGAUGAGUACGCCAUGUCAACUCUCGAUGACCCGACUACGUCUGAGGAGGACGAUAUACUCAGCCUCAGGAGACCAAGCUCACAUGCUCUCGGACCCGAAGAGCAUGACAUGCUGUCACCAAGACUGAACGAGUUCCCAAAUAGGCCAGCGUCCUCCGCAAGGUCGUAUGUGGUCUCGUUGCCUGAUGCUGACUUACAUGAGCCGCCGUCUCCCAUUUCGGUUGUCUCGGAGGGUGACGAGGAGGCAGCAGAGCUCGAGCACGAGUCACUGCUUGUUUCUCCGGAGCUACUCGCGGCGAACACGUACCAUCCAGACGACCUCGAGCCGCCUGCGCACUAUGCCCUCGAUGAUGCUACUCCGACGCUCGGUCCUGGCGAGUUUGGGCAAGCUACCAUCUAUGAGACGUCAAGGAUUCGACCGGUAGAAAAUAUGCCACGAGAUGUGCCAGCUCCUCGAAUGCGCGUACCUCGUCAAGAUUCACUGUCACGCGUCCGCAACUCUCGCUUGAUCACGGGAGAUGAUCUUAGAGCAGGUCGCAGCACGCCACAACCACGGUCGCAAGAGGAGAUGUCCGCGACUGUCCGAGCAGCUGAAGCUCGCGUAAAGCACUACAGAGCUCGACCGCAAGGCCUGCAGCACUCCGAGUCUGUGCGUGAGAACCAACCGCAGGUGAUGUACGGCAUCCCUGAACAAGAGCCGCGUGUGCAGCACAUUGCCAAUCUGCAGCAGAAUGCGCCAGUUCCGCGACAUCUGGCAGACAUGCCCUUGCCGGCGCCGCCAGGAUUCGAUCAGCGGCCAGAUUCUCGCAACCGCUACAGCCCAAAGCAUAGGGCACCGCAGGGAUACAAGGUCUUUCCCGCGCAGGCGCAGCAGCAAUCUACACACAGGGGAGCGCCCGCGCCGCCUCCAGACAUUGCGUUACCGGCUCCGCCUCCUGCUCGUGGGCCCAAGUGGAUGGCGGAAGCAGCCGCAACGGGCCUUCGGCCAUCUACAUCGCCGCAGCCUCCCGCAAAUGCUGCGAGUGCUGCAAAGUUACCUGUACCACGCGUGUCUGAGCCAGAACUGCGUCCAACGAUAUCCAAUGCCCCGACCGUCGAAGACAAGGAAAUUUCCGCCCUGCCAGAAGACGGCCCCGGGCCAUCUGAGCGUGGUGAUUCGAUCGAAUCACCGCCGCCAACAGCCAUCUCGAAAACCUCAUCCAACAGCUCGAAUCCACGAAUGGUCAAGAUCGUGCCAAUGCAUAUGGCGAUGUUCGGAGGUGUGUACACGGCACCUACCCCCAAGGUCCCGAAAGCUGACAAGCCCGUUGCGACCUCGUCGGCGAGUACCAAAAGUACCACCGCGACUUCUGCUCCCGCUCCCAUCCCUGUGCCCCCUAUGCCCUUGACAAUGCCAUUGACGCUACCCACCGAGAAACAGCUGCAAGGCUUCUGCAAAGGAGCCCACCGCUUGUUUCUAGGUGUCGACAGCAAGACAAUGCGCAUCUCAUCUCGUCCCAUUGGAAUCUCAGGUAACGUGCAUUUCUGGGUGUGUCACAAAUGUCACUUUCAGGGUCCCGUCAGCACUAUCUCCAAAACUGAGGUUGGGAAGAAGGGCAAGACGAAGGUCAAGGAGGAGAGAAUAUAUGACCCGAAGCCGAGAUCGAGCACGAUCAGAGGGCUCGACGGCGAAGUGGGCGGUGUACGGUACAAAUGGGUGUUUUUGGCAAAGUGUCAUGUGCCGCUGAAGGCGAUGACUGAGGAGCUUGCACUGGGCGCAGGAGCGGCCGGCAAGGGUGAAUGGGGCGGCUUUGGGUGUUUGUUUUGUUGUGCCGAGGGUGUUCGGCGAGGCUGGACUGAUAGAGAUGCGCGUGGGAAACUUGUUGUUGCCGAUGGCAUGAGCAUCAUGAGUGGUAGUACAGGGAGUGGAGAUACCACUAAGAGUGGAUCUGGGGUGUCGAAGGACACUCCGGUCUUCAAGGAUCUAGAGGCCUUCAUGGGUCAUUUGGAAAUGCACAGAAAGGAGGACUGCUGGCCUGGACAAGAAAUGAUGGGCCGGAUGCGAUGUGUGGUUGGAAGGCGGGCAAUGGAUGGUGAGGAAUGGGAGAUCAACUUCCUUCCUUUGAAGAUGGACAAGGCUGACGAGCACUAA